UGAGAACUAAUAAAUGAAUUUUAUAUGGAUAAUUCUUAGUAUUGAAUGACUACACGACUGUUUAAAGUGGUUCAAUAAUUGAUUGUUGAUACAGCGAAGAGCAGCUUAGAGUCGGAAUCUGUAUGUAGUAGCAGCUAGUGAACGGGAAAGUGACAAAUGUCAAAAAUGAGUGACGUUGCUUGGCAUAUUUUUCAAGUAGUACGUUUAACCCUCCAAAAUGGUGAAAUGACGGAACAGAUGACAUGAAAGGAAAUUUUAAUGUAAAGGUUUUAUAAAACUGUGUGGAUAGACUGAUGUUAUCGUAUAAUAAUCAUCGAAACGGGGAUAUACUGAAAAUUAGUGGAAAAACGCUUUGCACCUAACCAAGAAACGGCCAGAUAUCAGAUAUCCAGGCAUUUCAUCUUACUAAUUUUCAAUUAUAUUUAUUACCAAGUGCUGCUGAACCUCGAAAUUUGAAGUGUGUUAAAUAGUCAAGUGGUGAAAUUAAUGGAAAGUGAAGGUUUGAUCAAACUGAUUGGUAAAUGAUUUGUCGCAUUGGCUUUCAAACAGGAAUCUAUCCUAACACACAAUAACAUGGAAAAAUUCGCAGUUGAUCUUGACAAAGUCCUCGAUGAUUUUGAGUUCCAUGAAGAUUGUGCAGAACAAGUAGCAUCGAUCGCUCCGAAGAAUGUGUCCCUUCUCGAUCAAAGAGUUAAGGAUCAAGAAUUACCCCGCCACGAGGUUAAAACUAUACCAUAUGUUGAUGAAGCGACAGGUCGGCAAGCCAAGGGUAUUAUCCGCGAAACAAUUGAUGUACGACAAUCUGAUGAUAUGCAUAACAGUGAAACAGCCAAAAAUUUUUGUUCAUAUAAUUAUCAAAUUAUUGAUGAUAAAGGCCAAGAAAAGAAUAGAGUUGAUUUUCGCGACAAUGAUGAACAAUUUUCAUCAACAAUUCAGAACGACAUAACCGAAAAAUUGGUGCAGAAAAAACAAAAUGAUAAUCAAAUCACAACUAAAAAUCGCAAUACUUACGAUAAAAAAUUGAAUCAGCCAAAUAUAAAACCCAGUGUGAGUAAUGUUUUCAGUAGCUUGAACGAGUACAUCAAUGCAUCUACCACGAAUAUGGAAAAUAUCGGGUGCUCCAUAGAUUGUCAGAAAGAAUCAAGUGGAAAAUUGAUGGGUAAUGCAUGCGAAAUUAAGGAAACCAAAAUACCAGAGAUUAACAAAGCAAUACAUACAUUACCCGCAUAUCAAAAUAUUUUAUUACCAAUGCAGUCUCAACCAUGUUCUAGCACUGACGAUCCAGAUAAUGACACUGACACCCUUGAAUCGAACAUAUCUGUAAUUCACGAUCGCCAGCAAGACACACGGGAUUGUUCCGAUCAUAUCUAUGAAAAUAUACAAUUCGGUCGGAAUAUUCCAAUGUCGAACACAUCAAAAGUUCAGGAUACUUGGAGAUCGUCAAGUCAGGAUGAAUCGAAGCAUAUUUAUGAAAAUGUAGAUUUCAACCACUCAAACUUAGGGCAGGGUGAUAAUUUGGUUUAUGGAUGUGUUUACAUUGGCGAUAAAAAUAUGCCGGAAACAACAACUGAGCUAGAAAAAUCUUCCAAAAGAUUAACUGAACAAUUGUCAGAGAAUACUGUUUGUUCCGUUGACAAUAAAUUGAACGGACGACAGAGUGAAUCUCCUGGUAGUGUCAGUUUGACACCAAAUAUUUUUCAAAGCGUUAAUUUGAAUCUAACACCCGAGCGGAAGUCAGUCGGUUUUUCUACAAUUGAUGAUUUGUCCGAAGAGGAAUUGAAUAAAUAUCUAACAGAAUUGGAGGCCGAAGAAAGAGCCAAUGAAGAAAUAAUUUCAUAUGAGAAUCUUUCCGUAGCUGGACCAUCUUUUUCUUCUCUUCAAAAUGUAAAGGAGCAAACACCAUAUAUUUCAAGUAAUCAUGCUGAUGAAGAUGCUAAUGAAGCUCCGAUUUUUGAGAGUGUGACUAUUGGGGAGCUUCCUAGAGUACCCGAGGAAAAACUUCAAGAGAAAGCCAAGAAAUUACGGGUUAUUGAUUACAGUAAAAGUGGUACUAAUGCUGAAUCAAAUCGUUUUUUAGGAAAACAGACAUCGGAAAAGCGUCACCAUUACGCCAAAGUGAUGACGGACGUCCAGGGAAAAUUUUUACAAAGUACAGAAGUUACUAGUAAAUUAGCUGCAAAUGAGAUGGUAUCAGAGAAUGAGAGUCAACAACUACGUGAUCAGCUUAUCCAUAAUACGACGCAGGAGAAAGUAGUGAAGAUUACUCAUAUACCAGAUACGAAUAUUUCGGAGGAAGAGAGUACCCAUCAAGUGAGUAAAAAUAAUGUUAAUUCGGAGGAUGGAUACAUGACCAGUGCGUAUGCAAGUUCAAACGAAACGGAGAAUGAUUUCAAUAAAACUCAAGAGCAAAAGGCUAUUGCUAAUAACCAAAAUACCGACCAUGUCAUUGGAAAUAAUGCACCAGUUGAAGAUUCGCAGAAUAGUGAAGACAAUGUUGACAAAUCAUUGAGACCUCAGACAUUGGAUAUUGUUUCGUCCGCCAGUAUGCAGCUGUCUCCAGUAAUAAGUUCGCAAGAUAGGGCACUAAAUCUUCCUUCAAGAUCAGGGAUGUGUCCACAUGACCAUGAUAAUAUAGCAAUUGAAGAACCGAGGGAACUUCCUCAUGAACAGUCCCCAGACCCAUCUGAUCAUUCAUCGAUGGAAUUUGGCAUCGUACUUGGAAAGCAGCCACCAUUCUGGAUACCAGAUGGUGCCGCAGCUAAUUGCAUGUUAUGUGACGUGAAAUUUAAUGUCAUUAAACGUCGACAUCAUUGCCGUGCUUGUGGGAAGGUACUUUGCAAUAAAUGUUGCAGUAUGAAAUAUAAACUUGAAUAUCAAGGAAAUAUGGAUUCUCGGGUUUGUGCUCUAUGUUAUCAACAACUUAUUAGAGUUGAGGCUGAAUCAGGAGUUGGUGAAUGGUCGUCUGAGGUUUCAAAUAAUGUUGAUGGAGGCAUUAAUUCACCACAGGGACGACAGCCCAAUCCAAAUAAUCCAAUGGAGUAUUGUUCAACAAUACCACCUUUGCAACAGUUAGCUGGGAACUUACCGCUGCCUCCAACUGUCAUGGUACCUGUUGGUGUUCUCAAACGUGAAGGAAGUACGAAACAGCGAGCUGAGGGGCAGAAGUCAGUCAUGUUCAGUGAUGGAAUAAGGCCUGGCUGUGACCUGACAGAGCUCGAUACUUCAUGGAACUUGAAGCCGCCUUAUCGAAAAUCAGGCACCAAACGAAUACCUUCGCCAGGACAUCAUAUAACACAAGCAAUAAAACGCCAAAAUCUUCCACCAUUAGAUCUACAUACCAAUAGUUACAUACCGAAAGACACAAACAUGCUACCUCCGACAGUAACUAUUCAUAAAGGCCAAAUUAAUUAUCAAGAAGUUGUGGACUUAGCUGCAGUGAACGAAUUACUUAAAAAUGAGAACGAGCCACCUGUCAUGUUUGCCAUCAACCGCAAUCUUUAUGCUUAUGCAAAGAUGACGAAUUGGAGGUGA